AUGGAUGCUAAUAUUGAAACUAGUUGGUACCAUGAAUUAAUGAAGACUGCAGUUCAGCAUAAUUCAUGGGGCAUGGACAAGCUUUGGCCAGUUGAAUGCCUGUUACUUGAAUUAUAUCAUUCUCGCUAUAAAAUUAUAAACCAAAGGUCACUACUAGUUUUGCACCUAUGCUUCACAAUCAGGGCCUCAUUGGAGUCGAAAUUUUCCAUCUUUUCCCCAACAUCUAAUCUCUGCAAUCUUCUCAUCCUUGUUUUCUUCUCUUUUGCUCCCUCUCCUCCACUGUCACCUGUCUUUCAACUUCUAUGCAACAUCAUGUCCCGUUGCGGAGUUGAUGGUGAGCAACACAGUAAGAUAGCUUCAGCCAAUGAUCUGGCCAUCCCCGGGAAACUACUGCGCCUGUUGUUCCACGACUGUUUCGUGGAGGGUUGUGAUGCAUCCGUACUAUUACAAGGGAACGGGACGGAGAGAAGCGAUCCUACUAAUACUUCUCUCGGAGGAUUUUCAGUCAUCGAUUCGGCCAAAAGGGUGCUCGAAAUCUUCUGUCCCGGAACUGUUUCUUGUGCUGAUAUUAUUGCUUUGGCUGCAAGAGAUGCAGUUGCAAUUGCUGGUGGACCGGCAUUUCAGAUUCCAGCUGGUAGAAGAGAUGGAAGAAUAUCCAACUCUGCAAAUGUCAGGCCCAAUAUUGUAGAUAAUAUUGUAGAUACAAGCUUUACCAUGGAUGAAAUGAUAAAGCUCUUCAAUUCUAAAGGCUUAUCUCUUGAUGAUCUUGUCACCCUAUCAGGUACUCAAAAACAUAAAAGCAAAUCAUAAUAUUCAUAAAUGCAGGGUUUAAUGUGUUCAUAUUUUGGCUUCAAAAGUGCACAUACCAUCGGCCUAGCUCAUUGUAGUGCAUUCAGUGAUCAAUUCCGACAAGACUCCGAUGGAAACCUCACACUGAUCGAUAUAUCCCUAGACAUCACAUACGCACAAGAGCUCAUAAAAAAGUGUCCAGCAGGUGGAAGUGGCACAUCCGUCACUGUUGGCCCACAAAGGGUUGUUUCAGUCAGAUUCUGUUCUUGUAGAGGAUGGAAGAACAAGGAAGCAAGUGGAGGAGUUUGCAAAUAGUGAGGAAAGCUUCUUCAAGAGUUGGGAGGAGUCAUUCUUGAAGCUCAGUACCAUUGAAGACAGAUAAUGACGGGGAAAUCCGACACUCUUGUUCCUUUACUAAUUAAUGGGUUAAGACGGCAUGAACCGUAUCAUAUA